AUGACAGACGUAGCCUCUUCGCACCGCCCGCCGUCGCACCAGGUCUCCCCAGUGCCCCGCCGGCAGCUUGGCGUUCUGCCUGUUAACCAGCGCUCCUACUCCCGUGUGGGCUCCAAAGGCAUGAUUGGCGACGAUUCGCCGCUCAUGUCUCCUCUGCCCUACUACCCGCGCCGUCGCAGUGUCACCUUUGCCGGUGACCAGAGUGUGAGAGAGGAGCGACCCAACUACAACGUCGCAUACUCCGCCUCGGCUCCCGUCUCGCCUGUGCGUCAGGGCACCCCACCGCCGAUCUCUAUUCUCAAGCCGAAGUCGUCGUUUCCGGUGAUAGAGGCGGAAGACAGCGGCGCUGCGCCGGCGUAUCACGCUGCCGCGGCCACCGUGAGUGGUGUCUUCGACCGCAAAGACCCUUCGCGCAACUCUCCGGUGCCAGCGCGUAGCCGCUCCACUAGUCGUCAGCGCCUUGCGGUGCGGCGCAAGGAGGCGCAGCUGCACCGCAGCUUCUACGAUGACAGCUUUGUAGAGGAGUACGUACUACACGCCAAGACAGAGCUGGAGCAGGAGGAGGCAGAGCAGCGCCGAGUGCAGGAGCAGCUCAGAGCUGAGCAGGAGAGCGCAAAGAGGAAGGAGCGUCGCGUCUCAGAGGCAACGGAGAAGAUCAACGCUCUUCAGCACGCGAAGGAGGUGCUGAUGGCGGCCACGGUGCGCCGCCACCCCUCUGUGACGCCGUCCCCACCGCGUGCGCCUGCCGAAAAAGCGAAGCGCAACUCCAGCCUCUUGCGGGAACUCCAAGAGGACCCCGACCCGGAGGUGCAAGCAGCGCUGAAGGAGCUGGCACGCAACUCUGUCGCGAAGCAGCAGAGUCGCGCCCACCCUUCAACCUAUCAGCGCCAUCGAUCAAUAUCCAUUGUCUCCGCCGACGACCUCGCGAAGAGCGGCGAGAUUGACGACGAUGGCAACAACGACACCCGCAAGCGUGCCCGUCUAGAGAAGAUUGUGUCCACGCUGAUGGCGAAGAGGGCCCAAAGCAAAAGCAAAUGUAGUGUGAUGGUGAUCGACUGGUCCGAUCUCGACUCUGACGCCGACCGUGACACCGCGGCCACUGAGGAGGACGGAGAGGAGACUGUGGUGGCCCACAAGCGCCAACGCGGCCGCUCCGCCAAGAGUCGUAGUGUGGCGCUGGGUACCGAGGCUACACUGGUAUCUUCGGCAAAGUCUGUACAGAAGGCAUCCGCGAAGCGCGCAGCGUUGUCCCGCAAGCGCCACGUCAGCGCAGAGCCGGAGCUGGGCGACUCGCUUCUCUUUGAGGAUGAGUCGGAACAGCCGAUUUUGCUUCCUCGCCGCCAGCACACGCGGCCUACCCCGACGAGGUCGAUCUCGUACAUCGACAUGGAGGGCGAUGAGGACUUGUUGAGGGAUUCCUCCAGCGUGGAACGUGUAGUGCGGCGACCACCUCGCCCCACUCGUGCUCCAGCAACGCGGCAGCCCCGCAGCCGUCUUGCAUCCACUCUCGCCCGAAGGGGUGCAGAGGACGUGUCGUCUUUCACUGGCACCGCCACCUGCCGGGGACGUGUGCUGCAGCCUCCAGCCCUGACGGCAGGGGAGCCGACCGUCGCCCCACCUCGCCGACGCUACAGGUCUGCCCCGCGCGCAGACCCCAACGAUCCUAUGGCCGUCUUCUUUGAGGCUGCCUUUCCGAGUCCCUCGAAGUUUGACGAGAUGAUGAUGCAGGCUGGCGGUCUGCCAGAGACUCGGCGUGGCGGCGGUGGCGGCGGCCGAGGACAAGGACGGCAUCCCAACUUAGUGCUGCCGAGCUCCAUUGGGCGCCGCCGUUGA